GCCAUGGUGACAGUGUAACGGGCAGCGCUGUGUCAGUACCGGGAUAGCGAGCCGGUAACAGCAGCCGUUUCAUCCGUCCUCUCCUUCCAUCAGCAGCUCUAAUACUGCACCUCCCACCUGUGUGAGCUCUGCGCCCCGGACUGCCUCCAUCCUCCGUGUGCUGUGCGGACACUUACCGCAUCCCGGGGUCCGCUCACCCCUCCUCCUCCAUCGUCCUGCCCUGAUUAAUGCCAUCUUGUCCCCAUACAGAGCCCCCGGAGCAGCCCGUGUGAGCAGGAUGGCAGCAAUGCUGGGCCAGCAGGGACUCCAUGUAACCAAAGACAGAGUGAUCUCCAAGAUGCCACAGUGUUAUAGACCAGAAUCGUCCAUUCAAUACAAAUCCCAAUUUAAUCAGCAGGUGAAAAAUGCUUGCAAACAGCGCCAUGCAGUGGACCUUGGGCUGAAGAUGUCAAAGGUUGUGAUGUUGGGGGAUCUUUAUGUUGGGAAGACAAGUUUGAUAAACAGGUUCUGUAAGAACGUAUUUGAUCGGGAUUACAAAGCAACAAUCGGUGUAGAUUUUGAGAUUGAGAAAUUUGAGAUCCUGGGGAUACCAUUCAACCUCCAAAUAUGGGACACAGCGGGACAAGAGAAGUUCAAAUGUAUUGCCUCAACAUAUUACAGAGGAGCACAGGUUAUUAUCACUGCAUUUGAUUUGGGUGACAUCCAAACCCUGGAGAAUACAAAACGGUGGGUGCAGGAUGCUCUAAGGGAGAAUGAUCCAGAGGCUUGCUCAAUUUUCCUAGUUGGAACCAAGAAAGAUACAGUGACUCUAGCAGAGUGUGAGCGGACAGAACGUGACGCUAUACAAUUCGCUACAGAGUUUAAAGCCGAAUAUUGGUCCGUAUCAGCAAAAACAGGGGAACAUGUGAAGGAUUUCUUUUUCCGAGUUGCAGCUCUGGCCUUUGAACAGUCAAUGAUGAGUCAACUGGAAAGGAGCAAAGACAGCCCAACUCAGAUUGGGAAUGGGACCCUCAUUAAUCUUGAAGGAAAUUCAGCAGAGAAAAAGGAAAAUGAAAGCCAGCAUGCCUGCUGUUAGACUAAAGUGAUCUAAUCUUGCAAUUAAAGCACCAUCUUAGCCACUCGUCCACUCAUGGAUAGUGUCCAGAUGCCACCAGUAACUCACUCUUUGGUUUUUUGAGUGUCCUUUCUGAUGUUGCCUUGUAGCGUUUUCAACCUAGUUUGAGUCUCUAGACAUUUGGGCUGUAGUGUUAAGCUGAGAGAUGGGAUAUUCUUUCACUGCCCAAAACAUGAAGAUAAUUAGGAUUUACCUUGCUAAUCAGCUUGAUCCUCCACUCAAACUGGAAAUUUAUAAUCCUGUAUCCACAAACUGAGACUACUAAAAACUGUAACAAAGCACAUAAACAACUACACACAUAAAUAUCAUAAAUAUCUUUCAUAGGAAAAUUGCUGAUUUGCAUUUUUUGUCUAUAUGUGUACAUUAAUCAUGACACUAAAUGCCUUGUUAUUGAAAUGUGAUUAUGUCGGUCACCACCUUCCUAUAUUUGUUCCAUUUGCUCCAAACCAUCUGUCUGUACUAAGCUCUCCUGUUUUCGCACAGCUGUUGACAAAGUCUCUAACUGCUUCCACCUUCGUCAUUUAUACAAAUCAUCAUUUUGUUUUUGUGCAAGACGAACUGUCUUAAUAUGUCAAGUUGAUUUCAAUUCAGCGACAGAGACUUCCCAGCUUCUAUUUCUCUUUUGACUGUAAACUGCCUCAUUGGCAGGGUUCAUUUAUUGGUUUGAGAGAAGCCUUACUCUGUAUAGGUUAGCAUAUCUCUCCCUCUUUGUGUAACAUCCUCAAUGUUAUAAAGUGUUACUCUUCCUCCUGACACAGACAGUUUAUCAGGUCACUGGCCAUGUCUUUCUGGCUGAUUAAACAUCACCAAGGAUAGGCUGAAAAUAAUCAAUCAAUGAAAUGCAGUUGCUAUGGCUUGUAGUGUCAUUUCAAAAGACUUUGGCCUACAUUGUAUGUAUCAGUGCACUAACUGAUGUACGGGAUGUGAGAAUACAAAUGUAAUUUUAAUUAUGUAUUUUAUAUUAAAUAUGUACACCUGAAUAAAGGGACCACAAUGCAAGAGAAAUCUUUACAUUACCUUAAUAAGUAACUGAUUGGUUAAUAAAAGAUGCAUUUUA